AUGACUCUCCAUUGCAUGAUCUGCUAUGUACCAUUAUUUGAAAACAUCUUUAACACUGUACCAUUAUCCAUAUAAGAUUGGUACCUUUCUUAUUUAAUAUAAUUUUAGGAUUCUAAUCAUUGGAGUAUCUGCACCUGUAGUUUUAGUUGAUGAAGUUCUUAAAUUCUUUUCAAGAGUUAGAAAUGCCAAAUUGUUGGAAGAGAGAAAGAAAAUACAAUGA